GUCCUCUUCAUUACCACCCUUUUAUAUACCCUUGGUAGCCGUACCUGUCAAAGCACCAGUACGAUUUAGAAAGCAGAGAACCCGGCUUCACACACACACACACACACGUACAGUAACUACAUUUCACCUCGACAACGUAUCAAAGAAGAAUGACACCUGCGCGCCGAAGUGGACGUACUCAAGCUGCUAAUGGCAGGAAACCCACCACACGAUCGUUGAGUUUGCCGCAACAACGACAUGAGCCAGUACCGCCCUCGCCACGGCAAACGCGGGCAAACGAUGCAAUAACACGAGAAGACGAGGAAGAAGACGAGGAGGAGGAUGAGGAGGACGAAGAAGCAGAAGAAAGCUCGGACGGGGCUUCUGUCACCCGUUGUCUAUGCGGCGAGCAGCAUAAUGUUGGUCUUAUGGUUCAAUGCGACAAGUGUGAAGUAUGGCAACAUUGUGAUUGCGUUGGGCUGACGGAACAGGAUGUGCCUGAACUGUAUUACUGCGACCAUUGCCAGCCAGAUAAUCAUGUCGUGUACAAAGCGCAUGGCCGGUACAAGCGGGCGUAUAACCCGAGCGGAAGCAACAACAACAACAACAACAACAACAAAAUUGAAGGCAGUCAUCAUGACCAUCACCAUCAUCACACUAAUAAUGGCACCACAGAAAAGCAAACGGAGGAGCCCGAGGCUCGUGCGGCGAAACGACGGAAACGAGAAACCAACGGCAACCGAAGAUCUACAACUAACAACGCUAACAAGGUUUCUCGAAGGCAGCCCACAACGUCCACACCUAUGGCGACGCGCACGCACAAAAACGGAACGGACAAGCAGGACGAAGAGUUGGCAGACUCAGACAUGCAUAAUGAAGAUUGCCAAUCGCUUUCGGACGAAGCAAAUCACAACCAUCAAGAAGAGCAGCAGGCAGCACCACCGCAAGCACCACCACCACCACCACCCCCAUCACAGCCAGAACAACAAGUGCAGGUGCAGCAACAGGAUCAACAGCAACAAUCUACACCCCGAAGGACGCGUCGCAAGAGUGGCGAUGACAACAACAACCCAUUACUAUCACCACUCCCUGAAGAAGCAUUAGCGUCACCACCAACAUCGCGUGGACGCAAGCAGACGAAAUCGGGAGGACGGCGGAACAACCAUCAGCACGGAUCACCGCAGCGGCAGAGCAACGGCAGACAUAAGGAAUCACCGAGGCAAUCCACUCCGCUCCUCGCACAAGAUGACAUUCCUUCUGUCAAUGGAUCCAUAGCCACGCCACAGAUGUACUGGGAUGAAGAUGGACUGCCUGCUCGAGAGCCAUCGCCUCCAGCCAAAGUAAAGUAUCCGAACCCGAAAAUGUCGAUAUCUGACAUGAACAAGCGCGCAAAACAGAUCAUGGACUAUGUCAGCAAGCUGCAGGUGGAUCUUACAAAAGACAGCAAGAAGUCCAAGGCUGCUACUGAUGCUGCUAAAGGAGGCGGCGUGAAGCGACAACGUGCACGGUCGGAUUCGACAUCCUCAUCUUCGUCUACACUAAGCAGCGCAUCGACGUUACCUUUGGCUGAGGAUGAUGAGCAUCAUCAUCUCAUGCAACAGCAACAACAGCAACAGAAAUAUUCUCCGUUGGGAGCAAUGACAAGCCCGACAACCCCUAUUCCCGUAGUAGCGGUUCAGCAGCAGGAAACGGCCAUGGAUAUCAUGGAUCGCAUUACGCGUGACUUGGUACAGUUUCAACGCAAGUUUGGUGGAUUCCCUUCACCCAACCCGAUAGUGUCAUCAUCGCCUCGUGUCAAAAAGCUUUGCCGUCACUAGAUAAGCCAAGUAAUAAUCCAGAAGCACCCGCUCAGCUCCUUGUUCAUCUGUUUGAUAUACCUUAUGUUUUAUUUUCUUCCUUUCUCUCUUUCUGUCCAAACCAUCACGACACACUCUUGCACACGCACACUCAACACGUCUUCGACAUCUUAUCUAAAGUACAAGUAUAUACGCCACACACACACACACACUCUUACGGAUUCACAACGCACACUGUAAAAAAAAGUCUUUUGUUCCCAGAGUAAAUAAACCCGUCUGCUUUUCUUUUGCUUUCUGUUACAUAGCAAGUUUGAUUGUCCUUAAAUAGGCACCUUCUGUUAGUAGUUUUAUUUUGUAUACGUCGAGUACAGUCUAUAUUAGCUAGACCCUCGAGAAUAAACCAUUAUCACCCGUUUUCUUCUUGACCACCUUGAGCCAAG